AUGAGGGGGUCCAGGAUAUGGUACAUCAGUGUGCUCAUUUUGCUAUUCGAAUCCCUUCUCUCCUCAUGUUUCCUAACUUCUCUCGCCGCCAUGCGUAGCAAACAGCCUGGUGCGCCUGCUCUGUACAUUGCAAACAGCGGGCGUAUCAAUUCGGCGGGCGACGAUGUCACCAUCGUCGUUGGAGGCAGCACUGCAAAGCCCACUGGGCGUAAACAACCCGCCGUCAAAAACAUGGUCGCGAGCUGUGAGGAGUCUGAUGUCGCCGGAGUAGAGGAUGACGAGGAGGAAUGGCCCGAGGACGGGCGCUAUGAAGAUGACGAAGACACCCGUGACGUGGAGGCGGACAUCGAGGAGGACGAGUGGUGGAACCGUGACUACGGCGGUGAGGAGGUGGAGGAGUGGCACGCGGGUGACAGCGAGGACGAGAACAUCGCCGGGGAGGCGAAGGCUGCGUCCGACGCCACCGCGGAGAUGGACGGUGCUGCUGAGGCGACCGACGCAGAUGCCAAUGCUGAUGCCGCGGCCGCUGCAUCUAAGGAGGAUUCGGACGAAGAUCCGUGGAGCAUGGACGAUGUCCCCCUGUUUCGAAGGCGCGUCAAGUACCACGUUGACAAGGGCACCAAGCCGAGACUCACAGCCGCUGAGAAAGGGAAUGUACCGCUUGGUGAGGGUAGCAGCAAGGGGACCCGUGGCAAGGCGAACGUUAACAAGGAGGGUGACAGGAAGAAUCGUCGCAAGGGGACCCGUGGCAAGGCGAAGGCCGAUGAGGGUUGCAGGAAGGGUGACGGAGGCGACGGUGAAGCCGAACCAUGCUCGGAUGAGGACUACGCUGAAGCAGCAGGCCCAUUACCUACCUACCUGGAGAAGCGAAAGCCUAAAGACCCGCAUGACAAGAAUCCAAAUGCUCGGUCCCCGUCACCUCGCGGCCGCGGCGUCAAACGGACGAGGCGACCCUGGUCUGUAAAGGAGAAGGUCAAGUGGGCCUUGAGGUACGGCGAGCUGGAGUCGCUGAAGAAAACCGCGCUAGAGGCUGGAGCAUCUGUGGCUACGAUACGUCGCUGGGUCGGGCAGAAGGAGAGCGGCGUGUUCAAGGGUGCUGCCAGCAGUCGGAAACGCAUGCAUGGUGCAGAGCGCCACUCUCACCACCCCGAUAUGGAGGAGGCGCUUUAUCGCUACAUCUGCAUCAACCGCGCCAAAGGAGUGGCAGUUUCCGUGAAGGACUUGCAGGAGUGGAGUCACACAUUGAUGAAGAAACACCGUCCAGGGACCGGGUGGACCGCAUCCUCUCAUUGGAGCCAGCGUAUUAGGGAUCGGUGGAACCUCGUCAUUAGAGUGAAGACCAAGGUUGGUAAAAAAAUGUCCAACGGUGAGUCCUCUAUCUCCCUAUGGCCCUUCUAUUAA